GGAGGCUCCGGGGAGGCGGACACCUGUCUGCGUUCCUCUGCGUGUUUUCAUCAUCGGUGACCGAGUUUAGCGCAGUCAGAGCGGACACUGAUCAGCAGCGGAGCGGGAGCCACAGCUGGGAGCCGCCUGGGUGAAAUUCCAGGAGAAACAUUCCCAGAAACAUGUACGAGCCUCGUUACUAUGACCGACCCCCUGUGUACAGUCCACCCUACAGCACCACCUCCCACAGUUUCUACCCUCCAAGAAGCAUCCAUUCCCCCCCCAGCCAGUAUGCCUCAUACACCGACCAUCCUCCUCCUGACUCCUACUAUAUGGAGGGUCAGCCUCAGCACUUCUACAGGUGGUUCUCCCCUCCUGGUUUUGUUAAAACCUUCCAAGGAGCUACAGCCCUCAUGUGCUUCAUCAUCUUCGCCUGCGUGGCUUCAACCCUGGUGUGGGACAUAAAUGGCUUCGGGUACGGAGGAUACGGCGUUGGGGACAUGGGCCCCGUUGGAGGAGCGGGUUCAGGUUAUUACGGAGGCAGCUACGGCUACAGCAGCUCCUACAUGACGCCGCAGGCUGCCAAGGCGGCGAUGAUCUCCAUGGCUGCCAUCAACUUCCUGGUUUCACUGGGUUUUCUGGUGGGAAGUUUCUCGAGGUCCCGGAUGAUGCGAGGAUGCAGGUUUUACCUGACGAUUUUCAUCUGUGACAUCAUCCUGGCUGUGCUUCAGGGCAUCAUCGAUAUUAUCUUCGUGAUAGGGGUGAACCCCAUGUCUCAGAGCUCACAGAGCAUGCUGUAUAACCCCAUGCUGAGGAUGUGUCAGAACAUCCCUGGGACCCCGAGCCUGAGCGGCAGCGUGGGGGCCGGCUUUCCUGGAGGGUUUCCCAUGUAUAAUCAAUACCUGUACCACUACUGCUUCAUGGACCCAGAGGAGGCAGUUGGGUUUGUUUUGGGCCUGCUGGUGGUUUUGGUUCUGUCUCUUUCUGCUUACUAUGCGUACAAGACCCGCAGCAAGAUUUGGCGCCACGGGAAAUCGAAUAUCUUGUGGGACGAGGCAGUGGGCCGGAGGGCAGAGGGGCAUACUGUGCUGGACUGGGUGAACGACGUCGGAGAGGCCCGCAGCACUCAGCAGGCGCCGACGGUUGUUGUGUCUGAGCGAGCAGCACCUGAUCUGAGGGUGGAGAACGCAGUCAGCCUCCAGGAAGGACACAAUAAAAGCAACAGUCUGUAUGAGGCUAAAAAACUGUGCGAGCCUCUGUACCAGAACGUCCGAGCCACUGCGUGCUCCAGCAGCUCUUAUGAGACCGACAGCGUGAGAAAACCUGCUCUGCAUCACAUGAAGCGGCAGAAAAAACUCACUGAACCCAGCGGGCCUGCUGCUCAGGAAAUGAUCGAGUCCCAAUACGAAACUGGCUACACCUCCGGAGAUACUGGUAAUGAGCUGGAGUGGGAUCACAGAGAUAACCUGUACAG